AUGGCAACCGUAGUCCGGGGAUGUGUAUUUUGCAAUAUUAUUCAUGGCCAAUGUGACAAACAUUUGAAAGCGUCGGAUAAUGCGGUGGUCAUUCAAGAUAGAUCACCACAUGCACCACAUCAUUAUCUAAUACUCAGCAAACUGCAUAUCAAUCAAGCAAGUGAUUUGACAGUUGUCGAUCUCCCUCUCGUAGAAGAAAUGGAUCGUCUUGGACGGGAUUAUCUGCGCGAAACGUUGAAGGAAAGGGGUGAAGCUGAUACUGUGGAAGGUUGGCUACGAAUGGGCUUCCACUGGUCAAUAUUUAUUAGUGUACGCCAUCUUCAUAUGCAUCUAUUGUAUCCGACGCGAGAGAUGAAUUUUUUAUAUCGAGCAAUAGUAUUUCAAUCGGGACCAUUUUUCCGUAUAACAAAAAAUAUUAUCGAAAAUCUGGAAAAGAAGAGAAAUGCUGAUGGCCGUACGGAUCCAAAGAAAGAGGUAAGGAGCAAUCUUACUGCAAUCGGUCCAAGUGAUUCACCGUGA